AUGGUUUGUACUCGAACACAUGACUACGGAGACACGCUAACUCCCUUCCGGAGGAGAAGCUUGUCUAUGGCACUGACCGAAGAUGAAGAUACCAUCUCGGAUGAUAUGGACUUGGAUAACGAACGAUUCAUCGAUGAGCCCUCUGUGCCUACCCUCAGUAGGCAAAGGCAUCGACGUGUCCUUCCGCUUAAACCGGUAGAGGUGGCGUAUAUUGAAGACGUACAACAUAAUCGGUACACCAUCUUCCUUCAAAACCGUUUUAAUUUGAAUAUUAUGAAUGACAAAUCCUACGUUUUUUUUAGAUCGGAACAAGGGAAACGCUAUUCUUGGCAGUUGACCUUUAAAAUAAUGCAUAUGUUAUUUGUAUUCACUUGCAACGCAAUUUUGUGGGUUCCAAAUUUUUUACUGACCAUGUUUUCGCGUUGCAAGAUCAGUAUGAUUUUACUGGCAUGCGCAUUAACCUAUGUAGUUAUUUUCAUGAUCAAUUCGAAACCCGACAAUUCGCUAGCAAUUUGGACACCUAAUGAGAUAGCUUCUGGAGGAUCACCUAUUCCUUGGCAUACUCGACUCAAUCUUUCACUUGACGAACUUUAUUAUCUCAUUGCAACCAAAAUUGGACCGUGUAUCUGCUCAUUAUAUCACGAAUCCGGCAUUAAAUCAUACUUAUUUUUAGAUACCCUAACACAAGCAUUCCCAGAGGAGGUAUUGGAGAAGUUGCACAAGAUCAUCGUGCCUAUUGUCGAUAAGAUAAUGAGGGAUAGAGGGCAAGUUGAAUCAAGAACCCGAAACCGAGCAGAUUUUGCACUGCAUUCUGGUGGCGCAAGAGUUUUAUUGCACUUGACCUCCCCUCCUUAUGUCGAAUACCCUGGUGGCUUUAUCAAAAGGAGCAUCGCGAGAUUCCUUGGCCGUGGGAUAACCCGAACCAAACAGCCGGAAAUUGUGAUUUCUGCUGAUAACAACGUGGGUAACUGUUAUUGUUUCAGAGGUGAAACCGGGCACGUAGCGAUCGAAUUAAGCAGGUCUAUCGAAUUAUCAUCGAUAACCUAUGUUCAUCUGGAUCCUGACCUGGCUUUUGAGCAGAAAGAUUUAAGCAGCGCACCAAAGGAUUUUGAGAUGUGGGUGAUUCGAGAUGGAAACAUGCGCGAUAAUAAAGAACAAUACAACACAGAAGCUUUGCUCUUGGGGAAGUUCAGAUACGAACUAGGAGGCGUAAGUGAACAGAAAUUCGAUAUCAACUAUGAGGGAAGAGUAAUUCCGGUGGUAAAGAAAGUGUUGUUUAAGGUGAAUAGUAACUGGGGUGAAGAGAAAUACACCUGUCUUUACCAAAUCAAGGUACACGGGCGGGUUGUGAACCGUUAA